AUGACAAAUCGAUGUUUCACAGUCGAAGAUAACAUUGGGCAAAACAAUCGUUCACCUGUAGCAUCCUUUUGGUUCCUAACUGCCAUGUCACCAGAAGGAAGCACGAGGGCUGAGAUACUGCCAAGUUGCCGAAGCCUAGACAGGAAAAGUCGAGAGGCAGGGGUCGAAUUCGAAUCACAGACCUUCGGGCCAGUAAAUUAG